AUGUGUACUGUGAAGACUGGUCGCACCCGCGCGUCAGAACCUCCAUCGACGCAGGAGCGAGUCAAUGUGAGGUGGCUUGAGACAAAAGCAAGCCAUGGUGUACUGUACUGUAUUUCAAAUGGGGGACCCCGAGGGUCUCGUCUUUCAAAUCCCAGCUGUCGGACCCACAAACCCAUCAUCCAACGUACUGGAUACAAAGGAACGACCAGGGCACGUAAGAAAGGCUAUGGAUCAGCCCAUUGUCGCCAGGGGGGUUUGUUACCACCGGUCGAGCAGGAGAAGGGCAAGAAGCGGGCUCAGCCGCGGGGGCACACUCGGGCAGACUAUGGUGGUGUGAAGGCGUCAGUUUCUGGGUCGGAUUCAGGUCAAAGGAAGGAGAGUCUGGGGGAUUUCUGA